GAAAAAAUGCUGAUCUCAAACCUUGACUGUGCAUUAUGUUAAAAUGUUAAAUGGUUCUUAUUUUCAACCUCCAGGUGGUCACACAAAAGAAAUGCUCACAUUGCUUACAGGAAUGUCAAGUUGUUAUUAUCCCAGAAUCUAUAUUGUGGCAAACACAGACAAUAUGAGUGCAGAGAAGAUAAAGAAUUUUGAAAAAGAAAACAAAGUACAGAAUAAUUAGUGUAAAUCUAUUAUUGCACAACACGCCUGUUUUCAGUGUAUAUCUUUCAGUUUUCUUGUGAUCUUAUUUCUUGUAACCAAACUCAAUUAAGGGUUUGUAUAGGCCUCGUAUUCUUGGUGCAGAGGGGAUAUUUUAAAGCUCUUGGGUGUACGAAGGCUGAUAGAGCGCUAUACACCGGAUAGUGAUUUUUCUUGAAAACCUAUAACACUACGGAUGUGGAUUAGAGCUAUGCGGUUAAUUAACCGAAAUAAUCGGUCAGUCUGGGACUUUUUUUGGCAAGUCAGCAUCGAGCAUGUGCAAAAGAAUUGGUAGUUUCGGUUUCCCACAAUUGUUCCUGCUUCGUUCAUUAGGGGUGCACCGGAACUUGGUUCCGGCCGGUUAGUUCCGGCCGGAACCCCGAUUUUUUAGAGUUCCGGUUCCGGCCGGAACUAGUAAAAAAAGCAUGGCUGGAACCGGAACUCUAUCUGUUUCAGAGAGAUAGAAUAUCAAACGUUUUGUGUCAAAUAAAAGUUCACAGUAGGAAGAAAUUUGGACUACGAAAGGGAAAUAUACACUAUAACACUUCAUUAUGAGUCGUUUAACGUUUGUCAAUCUUUUUAUUCUAACAUUUGCGAGCUCUCUCCUUGAUGACUUGAAGUGUAUGCCUGUCUGGCAGCGGACAAAGUAACAUAUGACUAUAUAUGGCUUAAUAUAUUAGUUUCGGUUCCGGCCGGAACUUCCGGCCGGAACUUUUUUCCAGUUCCGGUCGGAUCCGGUUCCGGCCGGAACAUACAAAACUGGUUCCGGUGCACCCCUAUCGUUCAUUUAACUUGUUAUAACCGAUAUCAAUGGUAAUGAUCGAUGCUUUGGGUUGUUCGUCUGUUAAAAAUGCCGACACGGAAUCGAGGUUCUUCACCCAAAAAAGACUAGAACCGAGAUGAAAUUUCUGGAACUGCACAGCUCUACUCACAAUUAAUAAAAAGAAACUUUAAUUUCUAAAUACGAAAGUUUAAUCUGGGUUACAGCAAUCAAUGGACAAUUUUAGAAUAUACUGUAAUAUUUCUUGUUUGUGUUUUAUUAUUUUUAGUAUGAAUUUGAAAAGAUCCCCAGAAGUCGCGAAGUUCAUCAAUCUUGGAGUUCAACUGUUAUAACUACAUUCAAAUCAGUCUUAUUUUCUUUUCCACUGGUCUUCAGACAUAAACCUCAGCUGGUAGGCUGCACUUCAUUUCUUCUUAAAGACACAUGACAACUAGUUACGGUUGCAUUCUCUCCAUCAAGACCAUGUAAAGUCCGUUCUGCGCAUACGUUCUGCGCAGGCCUACAUUCCAAUGGUCGGGACCCGACCAUUGGAAUGUUAUUAAUAUUUCGCACCUUCCGAACUUUCUUGAAUUGAAUCUCUCGUAGGUCUGUAUUUAUUUACAAGCAUAGCGAACCAGAAGAGUGUUAAAAAUUCAGUAUAAUAUAUAUCUAAUCAUAUUUUACAACUGUAGCACUGAGUUCAAAAUGUAAACAAAGCGUUUGUUUACAUUACGGACUUUACAUGGUCUUUAAGAUGUGAAUGUGAUAUUUUAACAUAUUUAGUAGAACACAAUAAUAAACUACCGAGUACCUGUCAGAAAUAUUACACGGAAAUGUACAAGGAAAUGACUAGACUUGUCCCAAAUCUUCCUCUCAAAGGGAUUCUUGUUUGGGAGUUACAAAAUGCAAUCGAAAAUGUGGGUGGGAAUAAAUUCUUCCUCCAACUAAAAACCCUUUGAGUGACAGACUUGGCUUUGGGGAAAAUCUAACCACACAACAUUUUUAUCUAUAUAUCCCAACACAAUGAGCAACAUAUCCACACUGGCUAUUAUAUUUAUAUGUCUAUUUCGUAACAAACAUUAAUCCAUAUUUCAAAAUGAUUAUGUAAAACAGAACGUGAACAAUGCUGGUGUAUGAAACGAGUUUAUUUCCUAUUUAGAUCUUAUGCAAUGGUCCAGGAACUUGUAUACCUAUUUGUUUGGCUGCAUUUCUACUAAAGGUAUGAAUCCUUGCCCCUCCUUCCUAUGCUUUCAUUUCUUCGCACGGAAAUUUUGGUGCGUGCACUCUCUCUCGUGACAUAAUAAUAGCUUCCGUAUGUAUGCUUUAGUAAUAUUAAUACAUACGAAAAUAUAAAAAUAUUCUAGUGUGCAGAAAUAGAAUCUGCGGCUGCGGCCUUCUAGUUUAGUCUUUGAAGUUUGAGCGACAAAGUCCAGGCGUCCCUAACCUGUAACGCUCGCCAUAACCAGCGCUUUAUGAGAGGCACUCGCCCCUCUGAACGCCUAAGCCAAGCCAUCCAUUUUAAGUAUUUUCAGGGGGGUGCCGACUUUUCCUUAGCGCACUGGCUAGAAACAUGGCGAGUACUUUGUGAUUGCGGGUCAUGACGUGGCGGCGGUUACGCUAACUUCAAAGUAGCGGAGCAUUUGCCACAACCAGACCCUAAGGUUGCAAGUCUAAAGCAUCUUAUUCACCUGAGUACAUUACACCACACAGCAAAUAUCAUGAUUAUUAGGUUAAACUGAUAUCGAAGGAACUAGACUCUGUUCCGAAAUAUUGCAUACUCGAACCGACCUGACCGCGUAGCUCAGUUGGCAGAGCAUUGGGCUAGUAUUCCAAAGGUCGUAGGUUCGAUUCCCACCGUGGCCAGGCAUAUUCUUCAAGGCUGCCCGGUGUGGAUAUACACUCAGAGUAACAUCACACAAGCAUCUUAUUCACCUGAGUACAUUACACCACACAGCAAAUAUCAAGUCUAAAAAAUUGUUUAUAAAUUUAUAAAUUUACGUUCCACCUACCAAACCUCUCAUCUAUUGAAUUUUAAUAAUCUUAUCAUAUUUUCUCCAAGGUUGUUGGAUUCCAAGACGUCUCAGUGAUAUAUAUUGAAAGUAUUUGUAGAGUAGAAACAUUAUCAUUAUCAGCGAAAAUUCUGUAUUAUUUUGCUGAUCAGAUCCUGGUUCAGUGGAAACAACUUCAGAAGAAAUAUCCCAGAACUCUUUAUCUUGGAAGAUUAGUCUAAAAGUACCAUGUAUGUAUCUAACCUCGUUCCCUUAUCUCUUCUGGAGGAAAGUCCAGUGAACUGUAUAACAGUUCAUAGUUCAGUGAACUGUUAUUAUUAUUAUUAUUAUUACUAUUAUUAUUAUUAUUAUUAUUAUUUAAACAUUUUUAUACCUGGUAGAAGCUGAUCAGUCAUCUGCUAAAAUCUAACAGAUUUUUAAUGGACCAGACACGUCUAGACAAAAAUUUCAUCACAGCUUGAAAGAGCAUCACAAAGUUAGUAAUAUUCCAAAGUUUCGUUGUGAAAUGUUGUAACAUGCGGAUAAUAUAGCCCUGCGAAGUUUGCCGUUUUUCAGUCAUUUUGUAUUACGCACGGGAAAUUGAUACCUUUUUUCAGAAAGCGGUAUCAAUUUCCCGUGCGUAAUACAAAAUGACUGAAAAACGGCAAACUUCGCUCAGCUCCUACCCUGGUCUUUCCUCCACAAGAGGUAAGAGCCUCUUGGGGGUAAGGGCAUGUAUCAGGGUUGCCGAGAGGGCCUGCGGCAAUACUUUCCAUGAGAAAAACGGUGGUUUACAAUAUAUUACUCUUUACCAUAUUAUUCAGCAAUGAGAAUUUAUAUAUUCGGUUAAGCAAUCUUGUAUCAAGG